UUUAGGACAUUUCACUCACCUCCCUUCGAUUCAAUCAUAGCAAAUUUCAAAAUCACUCGACGCAAAUAAAAGGAACCCUAACUCAAAGCAACAGAUUGAGCUCUUCAAUAUUCGAAUUCAGGCUACAAAUUGUAGUAAAUCACAGUAUGGAUUCAAAUGCGCGAGAAAGUUCGGAUUCGGCAGAAUUCCGGAAACCUUCGAAUGAUGCUGCUAAUAGGAAGUACAGGCGCAGAUCACCUGUUGGCGGAUCAUCGUCUUCUGAUGGGAGUCCACGCAACAGGCAGAGCUUAAGUCCAGUCCCAUCUAGGAAGGAAACUGCUAGGGUUGACGAUAAACGAAAAAGGGAUGAUGAUCAGUCUGGGCGUAGUGAUGAACCAUAUAAAUCCUCUGAUCGGCACUCAUCUAGGAGUCACUAUAGGCAAGAUGAUCGUAGCAGACGUGAUAGGCAUGUGGAUAACUAUGAUAGAGGUCAUGCUAAGUCAUCCUAUCGUUCACGGGAUUCACGAGGCAACAAUAACUUGGAUUACUCCAGGUCGGAUAAAAACCACAAAUCUAGAGAUUAUGCAAAUGAGGCUGACACAUGCUCUCAUGGAAAAUCUGAUGGUUUAAGGAGUAGAAAUAGGGAUAAGGACUCAUAUGACAGAACUGGAUCUGGUAGGAGGCAUGCUGCUGCUGAGGAAAGGGACUGGGACAGGGACCGAGAUAGGAACAGAGAAGGUAGGGCUGACCAUUAUGGAAAGACAGAUAAUAAGAAGAGUUUUGUGGAUCUCAAAAGUGAUCGUUCACCUGCUUAUGAAGAUUCAAGGGGCCUCCGAAAUGAUUCUUUUCCUCUAAGGGAUAGUUCUGUCUGUCAUGUGAAAGAAGCUGCUUGGAGAGAUGGCAAGGAACUAGACUCUGAGAGUCAUGCUAAUGAUGAAAAGAGAAGAGAUGAUGGUCGAGGUACAUAUAAGGAGCAACCCAAUAGAGAAUCAAAGGAGCAUUGUGAUGAUACGUCCAUCAAAGGUACUUCUGAGCCUUUUGUUACAGAUUCUGAUAUUGAUGCUGCGAGAAUUGCUGCAAUGAAAGCUGCUGAAUUAGUUAAUAAAAAUUUAGUUGGUACGGGAUACAUGUCAACUGAUCAAAAGAAGAAGCUUUUGUGGGGCAACAAAAAGAGCUCUGCUACUGAAGAGUCUACUGCACAUCGUUGGGAUACGCCAAUGUUUGGUGACCGUGAACGACAGGAAAAAUUCAACAAACUCAUGGGUGUGAAGGCGGAUGCAAAGGUAGAGAACCAGGGAGACAACCCCGACAUGGAAAAGAAGCGAGAGCAACUUCAGAUGGAACUCGAGAAACAAUAUACAGCCGGACUGCGUCGAAGAGAUGGUCGGACUGUAGGGCUGGGCCUUUAGAAGUUUGCUCUAGGUACUUGCGGGCUUGUACGUAUGUAUGUCUGGCAAUCGUGAUAUAUUGCGUGAAAAAACUAUUCUGUAGGAGUGUUGUAAUCUGGGCUUUGAACGUGACUGGUGGUAAGGCUUCUACUUAUAUUAUGGUUCUCGGAUUAAUUGCAAGUAAUGUCGUUGGGAUUCAUCUUUUUGUUGGUGGAAUAAUCAAAUAUUUCUGGCUGCAAUCGAUCAUUUGGUCAUUUUCUUUA